AUGGUGGAAUCAAACGACGGUGGUGGUGCGGGGAGAAGUGCUGUGAUAUCCGAGCCAGCCUUCUCCCCGAAAACCCUCCCUUUUCUAACCCCAAAAUGUCGACCGCGCUCGCGCUCGCGCUCACCCCCGCCUGAAGCUGUCGCCCGCUCACCUCGCCUCGGCUCGCCGUCGCGAUCCUCCUCUCCCGGCUGUUCCACGGCGCCUCUUGCUCUCUCCCGGCAUCGACACGACAUCUACCGGCAGGGCGUGUUCCUCGGAAGCGGUGGAGUUGCCCGCCCCUUUUUAUGCAAACCGAAGGAUGGUCUCAGGAAGGAGAAGGAUGCACGCGUGAUGGAGUUCAACGCCGUGAUCAACCGUCUCCUCUCCAAAGUUCCUGAGAGCCGCCGCAGGAGAAAGCUCUACAUCAGAACCUUGGCGGUGGUUCCACUCACAGAAGACUGCGGACUGAACAUGAUGGACGGUUUGGGCAUCGCUGGGAGGGUGUCGUGUUUCUGAAGGUGUGCUGUCGGUGCUGAGGGGCGGCAAGGAGGCUCUGAUGACCCGCUGGUGGAGUGGACCAAGACCAGCAAGUCCAGCGGAGGGGAGCUAGGUCCGCAAUCCACAGGCACAGCACAGGGAUGACCAACAUCGUACAUUACGCUGAAGCCACUGCAUAGGGCCAUCGCGAACAUCACGGCGAGGCUCCAGGGAGUGGCCUCCGUCCAGGGCCAGGCCUAGCGGCUGAUUGCUGAGGCGGUCUCCCACAAGAACCUGGGCUGGUGGAUUCCCUGGUUCUAAAAGUUGUAACAGUCUCACAUGUCCUUCCCUCCCUCCUCCGACGCUGCUAAUGUGUAUCUGCUAAUGCGAGCGCAGCGGUGCCAAGCAUUGAGCUGAUCUCGGAGUAGCUCAGGCUUGCCAUUAUGUACCUCGCCCCUGGGUGCCGGCGCCGUCACCGUGCCGCCCUGUUUUGUUUGGAUAUAGCAGAGAAGAAGGCACAAGCUGUAAGGCAAAGAAGUUAUCAGAGAAGAAGGCACAAGCUGUAAGGCAAAGAAGUUAGCAUUUGUCCUUGAGGGAGUAGAUGAAGCAGAGGUGAAUUAGUAACUAAGCAAGUGACAGUAGAGAAGAACUAGAAAGGUGCAAGUUGAGGAAAAAUGAAUAAAUAACCUGUUAUUUCUGCCCAUAGCGAAGCUAAUGCUCAAGUUUCUGAGUACUCCAAGAACUCAUCAGUGUUAACUUAUAUAAUUGUCAUAGCUUCUUAGCUUAUGUUAGCUUUAUCAUUUCUAGAACUCUUGAUCCUGACAUAUUUCUGAUCAUAACUACAUAUUCUGGAUUUUAA